ACGGACAGAGGAGGAGGACGGUUCUGUUGUUUCCUUUCUUUUUCCUCUUCAACAAUGUCUAAGGUGAAUCAUCUGAGAGAGUUUAUCGGUCAGCGACUAACAGCAGCUGCUGUAGAAAUAUUGUCAGUGUUUGAAAAAAGCAUCUUGGAGUAUGAAGAAGAGCUCGACCGUCAGCGCAGACUGUUGGACCUCGCCUGGAAACCUGAACUCAGACUCCACAGAGUCGAACUCCCACAAGAAAAUGUUUGUAAGGUGGAGGAGGACGGGGUUUUCAGUGACUAGCACCUCGAAAACCUGGAGAGGAGCUGCAGCCCGGACCAGGAGGAACCAGGGCAUCCACAGACUACAGAACUGGAGGAAGACUCCAGCGGUCAGGAGAUGAAGCACGAGGACAUAGAGGUGGAUGUCUCAUUGGUCAAUGUCGCUGAUGUGAAAGUUGAAAAUGAUGAACCAGGACCAAACUGUGGCCAGCUGCUGUUGCACACUUCUCCUGAAGCUCAAAACAAAGAUGAGGAAGGGGCUGAAAGUUUACGCUCAGACUCCAGUAAAACUGCAGAUCCGGAGGCAAUGAGACACGGUGACCACGAAAAUGCUGCUGUCCCGUCAGACAGCAACUGUAAAUCAAAGCUGACCAGGACCCACACGAGGAAGAAGACAUUUUCUUCAAGCACUUGCAGGAAAGAGUUCAGUAGUAGUAUUUUAAUGGAUCACAUGAAGAUCCACACUGGCGAAAGGCCGUACCUGUGCAACACCUGCGGAAAAACCUUUACUAAAUCAUCACAUCUUAAAGACCACAUAACCACGCACACGGGCGAGAAGCCCUACAUCUGCAAAACAUGUGGAAAAAGUUACAGGCUACGUUCCAGCCUGGUGAUUCACUCGAGGACCCACACUGGUGAAAGGCCGUACCUGUGCAACACCUGCGGCAAAAGCUUUACUACAUUAUCAAAUCUUAAAAGCCACAUAACCACGCACACCGGCGAGAAGCCCUACAUCUGCGAAACAUGUGGAAAAAGUUACACAGAACGUUCCAACCUGGUGAUUCACUCGAGGACCCACACGGGCGAAAGGCCGUACCUGUGCAACACCUGCGGAAAAAACUUUACCAAAUCAUCACAUCUUAAAAGCCACAUAACCACGCACACGGGCGAGAAGCCCUACAUCUGCGAAACAUGUGGAAAAAGUUACAGGCUACGUUACCACCUGAUAUAUCACUCGAAGACCCACACUGGCGAAAGGCCGUACCUGUGCAACACCUGUGGAAAGACCUUUAUUCAAUCAUCAACUCUUAAAAGCCACAUAACCAUGCACACGGGCGAGAAGCCCUACAUCUGCAAAACAUGUGGAAAAAGUUACAGGCUACGUUCCUACCUGGUGGAUCACUCGAGGACCCACACCGGUGAAAAGCCGUACCUGUGCAACACCUGUGGAAAAACCUUUACUCAAUCAUCAAAUCUUAAAAGCCACAUAACCAUGCACACGGGUGAGAAGUGAUAUUUGUGCAAGACGUGCUACAAAGGUUUUAGCCGCAGAAUUGAUUUGCUGAGUCACAUGAAAAAUCACCCGGAGGAAAAGUCUGGUGACUCUUGACAAAUGAAGCUCAUGUUGUCGUCCUCCGGGGGCAGCUGUCCACUCCUGUCUGACCACAGAAGAAGAACCCGCAGAAGUCCAACCACCACCUCCUGUGGCUGAUGAGCCUAAUCCCCUCCCCACAAGGGUUGCAGGUUCAACCCGGAUUUAUGCUUCUCCGUCAACUUGACGCAGAGGGAAUGAUGUGGUUGUGUCGUUUUUUUUUUAAAGUUCUGCAUUGAGUUUGUUUGAAUCCCUGUUCCUUCUUAAAACUGUGUUAUUUGUUGCUGUUGGUAACUUGCCGUCUCCACGGUGCAAAUAAAGAGCUGUUAGUAGUGCUGAAGUUUCUUUAAAACUAACAGUUUAUUUCGUUCAUCUACAAAGCCUCUCUCACACGUCCUUUUUCCCGUCUGUUUCUUCUUCACUCACAUUCUCUUUGUAAAGUUAAUCUGCAGCUCCAUGUUGUUAAACUCUCUCCAUCUACUC